AUGAAUAAAGUCGCCAUCUGGGUAAUGACGGGUCUUUUGGCUACCACGACCGUCUUCUUUAAUGUCUACAUCUUCCUGAUGAGUAUAUGGAACUACAGGCAGAAAAAGAAGUGGAGUCCCUCUGAAACCAUCAUCCUAGCUCUGUCCGUGGCUGACGUGGCCCACCAGCUGAUCUGCUACUUCUGGAUGACCAUGGAUGAGGUGGACAGUAAGUGCCUCAUUGACCAGAGGCCUUACACCGUCAUGCUGCUGUUGAUCUACAGCCUCAAGUUCACCAUCAUGUGGGACACCAGCUUCCUCACUUUUUACUACAGCACCAAGCUGGUGAGCACGCCCAACCACUGCUACACACAGAUCCAGGACGCCAUCCUCAAACAUGUGACCUUGGCUGUUUGUCUCAUCCCUCUGUUAGGGCUGGGCACCUGCAUGCCGAUGCUCGUGGUGUUUAAAUCUGACAACAUCACCGCUGCUAACAAAGACUGCGGGAUUUUGACGCCCACCAACAACAUUGGCAACGUCUACGAAGCCAUGUAUCUGAUUCUCUCUGAUGUGCUGCCCGGGGUGCUGAUGGUGAAAUGCUGCUUCUCCAUCUCCUUCCACCUGGCCGUCCAUCUCCGCCAGAUGAAAGCCAGCACCAACGGAGCCCACAGGCCAAAGCUGGGCUCUCAGAUGAGGGUGAUCCAGAUGGCUUUAUCUCUAGUGGCUGUCUUCAUCCUCUUCCUUGUCAUCGACCUGUAUGUUAACUACCAAAUAUCGGUGAACCACGAGAACAUCGUCGGGCUCACGUUCUUUUUCACGUCCAUCUACACGACUGUCACUGCGAUGGUGCUGAUCUACGGGAAGAAGACUUUCUGGAAAGCUCUGAUACAUGAAUUCAACGUGUGCCUGGAUGAAUAUCCGUGCUUGUAUUGUCUGAAGGUGCCUGAACAAAAAGCUAAACCCAGCACUCCUGAAAAAGUUAAAACCUGA